AUGUGCCAAUGUGUCUCAUUUUUGUUAGAAAAAAUUUCUGAACUGUUACACAACACAGAACUGCAAGAAACACCUCACUCAUCCACAGUAAAUCGAAUAGCAUAUGAGCCAGGUGUUUUAGCAUUGGUUCAGGCUGGUGAGGCACUUUUUCAUUGUGAAAGUGCAACAGUAGUGUUUGAUGCAACCACCGUUUUAGACAAACAUGUAAAUGAGUUCCUUAUCAGUACCUAUCCUCCGCAGAGAUGUUAUUCCUUAUCAACCGCUAAACUUGCUGGAGGCACAGGAUUUGACUGUGCCACUUAUAUUGUCAGUGUAAUAAAAGAACUUGCCAAUACAUUUGCAGAGUUUAAAAAUAUGCCAGCAGUAGAAGUUUUAGAUGUUUUCACUCAAAAAAUCAAAAGUUGUCUGUCAGACAGAGCACCUGUUAAUAGUUGUAUGAAAAACAUGCUUCAGGAGGAGAUGGACAUUCAAUUAAUGCAACUGUACUGCAAUGUUCAUCCAUUGGAAACUAUUGCCUUAAAAGCAUUAUUAGCUCUUAAAACAAUAGAUAAUGAGUUGAAUAUAAAACCAGCUAAAGGAACUGAUGGGGUUGCAGUAACAGUCCUCAAAAGUAUUUCUAAGCUAAGGUAUAGUUAUAAAGGCGAUCCUGCAGCAUUCAAAAGCUAUCUUAAAAAAAACAAUGUUGCUCCAGGGCUAUUCCUUAGAUAUGUUGGUAGUAGAUUUCAUGUUUUGUUCCAUAUGGCAGGGAUUGUUGUUACAUACGAAAGACUUUUAAAAACCUUUCUUGAAAACAACACCAAAAAUAAAAUUUGCCAACUCUUACUUCAAGAUAUGAGUAAUGAUAUAACGCUUGUGCAACUGCAAGGGUUGGGCCUGAUAGGAAAAAUAAUAACUGGGCCAUGGAUGAGUCUGGCUUAUAAAAAUGCAACAGGAAAGAGUAAUCUUGAGUUUGUAAGUUUUUAAGGUUUUCUAAUAAACAAAUAGAG